AUGGGCGGCGGAAGAAAACGAAAACAACCCGAGGGUGAUUCCAAGACUGGCAAGGCCAAGACUAAUACUAAUAAUAACAACAUGGAAAGGUGGAUUGCCAACCUCGCCAAGAAAUCGUUGGAUCCUUCGACCGCGGUGUCGUCAUCUUCCAAGGCGGAACGACAAGAAAAAAGAGCGGCCAAACGACAGCGACGGCAACAGAAAGUCCAGCAAAAGCAGCAAGGCCGGCAAAUCGAUCACGAUGCUCCUCCAACUCCAACAACUACAGUAGUAGAAGAAGACGACACGACAAGAACCACCAGUACUCAAACGCAACAACAAUUACGAUUGCUCGCCAUGGAAUUUCGAGACGCCGUCAAGCGCAAAAAGCAGAAACGGCCCUUUCAAGGCUACCCGCUUAAGUCCAAACGCAACAGAAAGAAAAAGUGGGAUAUGCAACCUCGACCCAACGAUUAUGGGGGUCUGGGAUUGGCAUUGCCCAGUUUGUUUCUGAAUUUGGAAGAUCCCGCCUUUUCGCGACGGCUCGAAGAAGAGUUUCAAGAACAUAUUGAUGGAUUUUUUGGCAAACAACGGACCAAGGCCAUGAAAAAACAACUCGAUGGACAAAUGCUGUGGAGACAGAUACAGCGAUCCAAACAGCAACAACAAACAACAACGAAUAAGAACAGCAGUCUUUUAGACGGGAAGAAGCUAGCCAAGAUGACACCGGAUCAAAGAGUGGAAGCCAUGCUCGAGGCGGGAAUGUUAUAA